UUUUCCCACUUUAAUUUCCAACCAACCAACAACCAGUAGUAAGUGAGUGCUUCUAACUGCUACUACAUGCCAUGGCCAUUCAAGCAAUUCAAGCCUCUUCUUCUUUACAUUCCUACCUUUUCUCUUCUUCCACAACUGUAUCUCCAUCAAUCCUUGCCACAAGGUUCCAAUCAUUGGGUCCAUGCCCUUCAAGAAAGUCUCUCAAGCUGAACUGCAAUUCAAAUGGCAACAAUGACGAAAAAGAUUAUCUUCUGGAUGCUCCAGUUUCUGUUGGAGAUGGGUUCUCAUUCAGUGGAGGAAAAUAUUCAGACGGGCCCAGUCCAAGUGAUGAAUGGUUUAAGCAAGGGAAAAUGAUUAGAGCUUAUUCAAUUCCUGGCACUGGUGAAAAGGCAAAAGAUCCAAUUUUUGGGCUCCCUAUGGGUGCUAGUUCUCAAGCUACAGGUGAUCGUUUCAGAUGGUUUUGUGUUGAAAGCGGAAGUGCUGAUAAUCCUUCAGUGAUAUUAAUCCAUGGUUUCCCUUCACAGGUUCAUUCUGAAUGCUGUUUGUUUAUGGCCUGCCAUGGGUGCGCAUUGCCUGUUUGGCAUUGGACCGAGGCAUAUUCUUAUCGCAAAGUUCUUCCAAUACUGUCCAAAGACUAUCAUGCCAUAGCAUUUGACUGGCUAGGAUUUGGGUUUUCUGAUAAGCCUCAACCCAGAUAUGGGUUUGACUACACACUGGAUGAAUAUGUGUCAUCAUUGGAGUCACUUAUUGAUGAACUGGCUGUUACUAAAGUCUCACUUGUUGUCCAGGGAUAUUUUUCACCAGUUGUAGUUAAGUAUGCCAGCAAGCACCAGGAAAAGCUCAACAACUUAAUACUCCUUAAUCCACCUUUUCCGGCUUCCAUAUAUCGUCUACGGACCUGUCUGAUCACUGCCGCCAUUAGGCACCACUGUCCACCGCCGUUGACCGCCGUCUCCGGCGAGUUUUCCGGUGAAACCCAUAUCGAUCCGAUCGCCACGAGAAGGCGCUCCUUUCUGUCCAGGACCCAUCCUCAGAUCCUCCUACACGCGCGUCAAACAUCGGCUGCAACUCGUUUUGUUGCAGCGGCGCGUGGCGGCGCGUCCUACUCCGGUUGA